AUGAAUCUCGUACACUCCAAAUCUCAAAUUUGUACCAAAAAAAAAUUGGAUCUUUUUGAUAUUCCACCUACUCAAGUUAGUCUAGAAAAGGGUCAUUGGAUCGAUCAUCAGCCAGUAUCCAGCGUAUCAGACAGUGGACCUAUCACGUUUGUUUCUACGGGAACUGAAGAUUAUGUUGACUUAUCUAAAACGAUUCUUGUAGUCAGAGCAAAAGUGACAAAGGCAAAUGGCACAAAUCUAGACCCUGACGCAAAGGUUGGCGUCGUAAAUAAUUUCCUGCACAGCCUGUUCAAACAAGUAGACGUAUUUUUGAAAGAAAAGCAAGUUACGCAAGCCACGGGCACCUACAGUUACCGAGCAUAUUUGGAAACUCUCCUAAACUACGGUCCAGCCGCAAAACAAUCUCAACUCACCGCAGCUCUGUUUUACAAAGAUACCGCAGGAAAAAUGGCUGUUGCUGAUCCUACUGCAGCGGAUGGUAAUCUUGGACUCAAGUCGAGAUAUGAAUUCAGCAAAGAAAGUGGAACCAUUGAGAUGGCAGGGCCUAUAUUUUGCGAUGUUUUCUUUUCGGAACGUCUCUUGCUAAGUUUUGUAGACCUGAAAAUUGUUUUGAGACGACUCAGAAGACUACAGGUAUCUGCACAAGCUUUGCAUAGAGGAAACAUGAGCUUCCCCUGA